GGAUGUCGCUGAUCGUAACAUAUUGUUAGUUUUCAAGAGCGAUGUUAAAAUAUCGAUUAUUAUGAGCCGCCACGCGCGAAGCAACAGUUGAACGUUAUCAACAGGCGCGAACGCGCGGCGCCACUGUCCCGCGCUCCGCGAAUAUUUUCAAAUUAUUUUUUUAUUAUUUUUUUCCGAACUGUGCAAUGAAUUUUCAAAGUAAAGCCAAUAAAUAUGUGUGUCCGAACGAUCGGCAACUGUCACUGAGAGCCAAAUUACGCACAGGAUGGAGUGCAGCCCGCAGCGAGCCGCCGCUGACUGCGAGCGAGAGAGAGGCCAUAGCUGCCGUCGUCAAACGAGCUGAGAAAAUUGAUGAAGUCGAGGCUAAGAGAGUCGGCAGACUAGUGGCGAGGCUUGAAAGUAUGCGCCGCUCAGCCCAAGGCCCCGCCCCCCGCACCUGCCUGCUCUGCGGGGAGACUGCUCGCCUCCUAGCUCCACUGAGGACCUGCUCCAUCUGCAGACAUACAGCUUGCUCCAAGUGUGUCAUUGAAAAUCUUCCGCAUAGAUCUCCAAUAUACUCCAGAGAAGCGUACAUGUGCAACCUGUGCGCGGAGACCAGGGAGAUGUGGAAGAAGUCAGGCGCCUGGUUCUUCAAGUCGGUCCCCAAGUACAUACUGCCUGAUAGACGGACUACUGGACGGUAUCUAGACUCAGAGCUCGCCAGAUCUUUACAGGAAGCAGGGAACAGCAGCAACGAAGGCAAGACAGAUUCAGAGCCAGGGUCUCCAAUGAGUGUCCACGCGCCCUCCUUCUCCAGGCAGGCCAGCAACACUGAUAGCAGGAAGUCCAUCACAUCUCCACAUGACACCCACUAUGAAUGGAACGAAACAGACAUCCUAUCCCACGGCUUCAGUGGCCUCAGUCUCCAUAGACAGGACAGCCUCACACAAAGACCUCUAGCCUCCCUAAAAAGGACAGGCAGUAAGGGCAGUGCCUACAGUCUUCGCAGCAUGAGAAAAGAGAUGCCUAAACCUACCACCCAAAUUGAGAGACCCCCUACGAUACCUGAUGCUGGAUUUGGGACAUUAGAAAUUAAAUUGGCGUAUGAGAAUGCGACCUCAUCUUUGGCUGUAACUGUGUUAAGAGCUAGGGGUCUGAUCGGCAUGGACAUGACCGGACUGUCUGAUCCGUUUUGCAGAUUGGAGGUUUUACCUAGAGAGGGUUCCUACUCCAACAGACUACGAACUAAAACAGUCCACAAAACUAAGAACCCGGAGUUUAACGAGACACUGCACUUCUUCGGCAUCACUGAGUCGGACCUCGCUGUCAAAUCGCUGGAGAUCGUACUAUUUGAUGAUGACAGAUACGGUUGCGAUGAAAUGGGAUCUGCGACGGUGGCGCUGCGAGAAUGUGCGAAGUCUCCAGCCCAGUUACGCCUGGCUCUGUCAGGAUCAUCAGGUGCUGAACCUACUGGACCCAGGAUAUUGUUGGCUCUCUGCUAUAGCACGAAAAGGAGAGCCUUGGUGGUGACCAUCUGCCGUGGAGCUGAUCUACCGCCACAGGACAGCAAUGGCUAUUCGGAUCCAUUUGUCAAAUUGCAUUUGGAUCCCGACCCUUAUCACAAGAAGCACAAAACAUCUAUUAAAUGGCGAAACUUAAAUCCAGUUUGGAAUGAAGAAUUUCUUUUCGAAACUCGUCCCACGGAACUUUCCCGCCAAAAUUUGACAUUGACAGUUUGGGACAAAGACUAUGCUAGCAGCGGGGACUCAGACAAGGACCUGUCCCGUCCUGGCUCUGGCCUGAGUCCAGGGAUGGGCCGCAUCACAGGCUCGGCCAGUAUAGAGACUCUAGUGAGGGUCGGGAUUGAGAAGGAGCAUGGACUCAGUCCUGAUUCUAAGAUGGUGGUGCUACAUGACUUCACGCCUUGUGUUGAUGAUGAGUUGGAGGUAAAACGCGGCCAGAUAGUGAACGUCCUAUACCGGGAGAACGACUGGGUGUACGUGAUAGUGGCGGAGUCUCGGCGCGAGGGCUUCAUCCCGCACUCGUACUGCGCGCCCUGCGAGCCACACGACCUCAAGAAGAAACUACCCAGAAGUCGCUCACCCACUGAUCUGGCGCAUCGAGACGUUUCACAACUAUCGGUAUCAGACGGGGUGACGAACGACGGGCACUCUGAGCUGGGCAGCGAAGGAGAAGCCUGUCCAUUCAGCAAGGAUCCUUCAGGAAGAUAUGUGGUGCUGUAUACAUUUACUGCGAGGGACGAAAAUGACGCGCAGGCCCCGGACGACCUGUCGGUGAAGCGCGGCGAGUGGGUGUACGCCGACCUGACGCAGCAGACGGUGGAGGGCUGGCUGUGGGCGCACGCCCCCAAGGCGCGCCGCUCCGGGUUCAUUCCCACCGCCUACGCGCGCGCGCCGCAUACCACCGCGCUCUGACACUACGUACAAGGGAACUCGGACGUGAGGUGGUAAUCAAUCAUGUUUGUGUAAACAAAAUAUAGUUAGACAUAUACUUGUCAUUGUUGGAAUUGUGCCCGGUAUAUGGCAAUAGGC